AAAAAAAAAAAAAAAAAAAAAAAGCGUAGGGAAUACUCGUCGUGUGACCUCUCCAUCACCGUAGAGCCACACUCCCAAUCUUUUGAAACAAGCCGAAAAGGACGAAGUUGCGAGGAGAAAACGGAGGAGCAUGUCGAGGAAACCAAUCUUCGUGGCCACCCACCCAAGGGCAUGCUCGACAGCAUUUGAAAGGGUCUUCAUGACCUGCCGCGACACUUUACAAUGUGUUCACGAGCCAUUUGGGGAUGCGUGGUACUACGGGCCCGAGAGACUUGCAGACCGGUUUGAAAAUGAUGAGCAGGCUCGUCAAGAGAGUGGAUAUGUGAACGCAACGUACAGAGAUAUUUUUGAGAAUAUCGACAAAGAAAAUGCGCAGGGUAAGAGGUUGUUUAUCAAAGACAUGGCGCAAUACUGGAUUCCGAUGGAUAGCAAGCCCUCUUCCCUUGCCCCAUCCCUGGUGUCUUAUCGCCGAGGCGUGGGAACACAGCGCAAGGGCGAGAACGGUGAGAAUGGAGACGAGAGUCACGUAGACUCGAACGUUGCCACAGCCGUCGAUACAAAGCAAGUUGGAAAGGCCGGCCAUCCGUACCCUACCGCGGCCGAGCCUGGCAAUCCGACUGUCGUGCCGGAAGCCUUGCUCAAGCAGUUCCAUUUCACGUUUUUGAUUCGCCACCCGCGAUCCAGCAUUCCGUCCUACUUCCGCUGUACGGUCCCGCCGCUGUCUGAAUUGACUGGCUUCGACUACUUUGACCCCAGAGAGGCAGGGUAUGUGGAGCUUCGCAGGUUGUUCGACUACCUCAGGAGCGUUGGCCAGGUUGGUCCUCACGUUGCAGGCCAGACCAACGGCACCACGAAUGGCGUCAAUGGGGUCAACGGAGAUGCGGGUGACAAGGUAGAGCUUUGCCUAAUCGACGCUGACGACAUGCUUGACGAUCCGUACGCCAUGAUCGAGAAGUACUGCAACAGCAUCGGGAUAGAGUAUUCCCCAGAGAUGUUGAAGUGGAACAAGCCUGGGGAUCAAGAGCACGCGCAGGCGCAGUUUGAGAAGUGGAAGGGCUUCCACGAGGACGCGCUCGACUCUAGUGAACUUCGACCACGGGCUCACAAAAAGUCCCCGAAGUCGGACGAAGAGCUGUUCAAGGAAUGGACUGAGAAGUACGGCGAGGAGGCUGCUAGGCUGAUUAAGAAGACGGUGGAUGAGAAUAUCGAGCACUAUGAAUACCUGAAGCAGUUUGCCAUCAAGAUCUGAAAGCAGUGCCAAAGAGGGGCAGGUAUUGAGACAAAAGGGGAGAGAGAUAGAUAGAUAGAGAGAGAGAGAGAGAUUCUGCAAUGUAGCAUUUCCUUGUUCCGUGGCCUGCAG